CGGGUUUGAAUGGAGGGCGUGGGACUGCCCCGUGACGUGGCGCCGCGCCAUUGGCUCGGGCGGGGCGAUGACAUCAUGCCCGCCGCCGCUGCGGGGGGGGGCGGGUUCGCUCCCGCUCGGCUCGGCCAUGGCCCGGCAGCGGGGCCCGGGCGCGCAGGAGUGAUCCGUCUGUGACGCCGGUGUCAGCCCAGCGCAGGGCAGCAGGUGUGAGCCCCGACCGGCUCCGUGGGACGCCCAGCUCCGUCUCAGCCGCCCCGGCGCAGCCGCUCCUGGCCGCAGCCAUGCCGAUCCUCAAGCAGCUCGUCUCCAACUCUGCCCACUCCAAGCGGCGCUCGCGGGCCGACCUGACGGCCGAGAUGAUCAGCGCGCCCUUGGGGGACUUCCGCCACACCAUGCACGUGGGGCGGGCGGGGGACGCCUUUGGGGACACGUCCUUUCUCACCAGCAAGGCAGGGGAGCCGGAGGUGGGCGAGGAGCCCGGCGCCUCCAAACCCAGCCUGCUCUCCCGCCGCUUCCGCAGCAGCAAGCGCUCGCAGUCGGUGACGCGGGGCGACCGGCAGGACAUGCUGGGGUCGCUGCGGGACUCGGCUCUGUUCGUGAAGAACGCCGUGUCCCUGCCGCAGCUCAACGAGAAGGAGGUGGACAGGAGCGCGGGGCAGCUGCCCAAGAGCCUCUCCUCCAGCCCGGUGAAGAAGCUGCCCGAGGAGGGGAGUCCCGAAGAGCAGCAGCACCCGAACGGUGCGGCUGCUGGGCCGCUGAGCCCCGGCUUGGACGAGCGUGACUUCGGGGACAUCACGGAGCUGCCCGUCAUGGUGGCCAAGAGCGGGGCGGGCAUGAAGCACGCCGAGUCCAUCAUGUCCUUCCACAUCGACCUGGGGCCCUCCAUGCUCGGGGACGUGCUGAGCAUCAUGGAUAAGGAGCAGUGGGAGCAGGACGAAGACCCUGAGCUGGAGGAGAGCCGCGAGGAGGAGGAGGAGGCUGCCCUGCCUGGUUCCGUGGCGGCAGCCCCGCUGAGCCAGAGCCCAUCCCGCGGUGCCGGUGGCCGCUGCCCCAGGGACAGCAGUUUGGUGUCCGGCUGCCCCUCAGGGCCGGAGGAGCGCAGCCCUGUCCCCGGGCCACCGAGCCAGCGGGGGGGACCCCUGAAACGCCCCGACAAGGAGUUUUCAUUUGCUGAUGAAGAUGACGACGAGAUCAGAGUAUAAAAGGCAGGCAGCUGAGCCAAGGGGUCUGGUUCUCGUUUGCGGUUGUUGGACACAGGGCCGAAUGCUCCGGUGCUGCAAUGGGUGGCACCGGGGAAGACUCAACUCCUCACUUGUUCCCCCUCCCCGGCAGCGAUGGCCGUGGGACAGGACAGUGCUCUGCUGCGGGCUGGGGACAGCCCUGACACCUCCUGCCCUGGGGAGGAAAGCAGACCUGAUUUUGGUUCUUUCUGUUGGACUUUGGAUAUUAGCUCUUUUCUUCUCCCCCCUCCCCCCCAUGUAAAACAAUAUAGGAUCAAACAAGACGAGGCUUUGAAGUUUUAGCCCCUUUAGUAAUAUAUAUAUUUUUUUUUUCCACUGUACGGUUUUUACUGCUCUCCGAUUUGUACUUAACUUUCUUUACUCUUGUGAUUGGUUUUUACGGAGGGGAGAUUUCCCAUGAGGAAGGACUUGGCUCUGGAGCUCAGGGGGGACCCCAGGACCAUGGGUGGCCCCAGCUCCCCAGGUUUCUCGGGGACCUUCUGCAGACCGGGAGCCUCCAGCCCCGUGCUUCGGGGGUCGCUCCCCAUCCCUCAGAUGGAUGGAUGGAUCCAUCCCCAAUGCCUGACCCUCCAAACAGCCCGGGGGGUGUGGGGAUGCCGAUGGGGUGUGGGUCUGUCCCUCAGGGUCCUGCGUGCCAGGUGGCCACUGUCAUGGGGCUGGCUUGGCACAGGCAGGUGGAAAAGGAGGGUUUUAUACCAUGUAUGUACAAAUGCAAAGAAUAAAAGGAAACAGUAGUGACA